AUGGCCUUAAAACUCAUAAAAACAGCCCUUCACGAAGCGGAAAAUCCAAUUGAGGUCUCCCUACGGGAAUCCUUUCAGAUUCUUGAACCCAAAUUAAGACCCCCUUUUCCUUUAACAAUCCCAACUCAAGAGGAGUACAAUAACCUCAACAACGCAAUUCUUUAUGGCAUUUUGUGUGAACCCCACUUGGCUAACGUUCAUAUUAAGCACUUACAUGGCAUAGUUACUGAUGGGUAUGGUUAUUUCACGAGUAUGCUCAUCAAAAUUGUGAAUGAAUUUUAUGGAAAGCUCUUUGAUUCUGUGAAGAGGCAGUUGAUCUCAGUAGCUCAUGAAACUGUGUACGUGUCGGCAGUGGGGUUUGAUGAGUUGAUGGUGGCCCUUUUGAGGCAGAUUGUUGGGGGGGAUACUAGUGAAGGGAAUUUGUGGUUGUGUUUUGAGAUGGUCACACUUUUUUUAAGCAAAUGGGAUUCUUUGUUAGAAGAGGAGCCUUCAGUUUUGACUUUUGCUUUGUAUGUUUUUCUUCGGUUGUUAGCUGAUCACUGUAGAGUAUCAAAUGUUGAAAAAAUCGAAUCAUUGAAGCGGAUUGAGAUAGAUUUUUGUGUUAGAAUGUUGAGGGAGAAAUUUUAUUUAUGUUUGAAGAUUGGGAGGGAUCUUCUUAGGCUUUUACAAGAUUUGGUUCAUAUACCAGAGUUUUGUGCCAUAUGGAAAGACUUGUUGCUGAAUCCGAGCUCAUUUAGGACUGAGGGAUUUGCUGAUGUCACACAGAUUUAUAGUACAAGGACAUCAAGUAGGUAUUUUUUGCUUCGGAUUACUCCUGAAAUGGAAUCUCAGUUGAGGUUCUUGCUUACUCAUGUGAAGCUAGGGAGUCAGAAGCGGUACCAAGUUUGGUUUACAAAGAAGUUUCUGGCUACUCCAGAGAGGGAAACACUUCUGAUUGACAUAGUUAGGUUCAUAUGUUGUGCACACCACCCGCCUAAUGAAAUUAUCCAAUCAAAUGUUAUCCAGAGAUGGGCUGUUAUUGGUUGGCUUUUGAAAUUCGGUAAAAAAACUUAUGUUGAGGCAAAUAUGAAGCUUGCCUUGUUUUACGAUUGGCUUUUCUUUGAUGAUAAAGUGGAUAAUAUCAUGAAUCUUGAGCCAGCGAUUUUGCUGAUGGUGCAUUCUAUUCCUAGAUACAUGGAGAUGACACAUUCUCUUCUCGAAUUUCUGUUUAUAUUGUUGGAUAACUAUGAUCUUGAUAGGAAGGCAAUGGUGCUAAGGGGAAUAUCAUCAGCUUUCCACAUACUUGUUAGGAAAGGCGUGGUCCAAUCGCUUGAUGUUUUUGUUAGUUGUGAUAUGCUUUCUCCAUUUCUCAAGGAAAGCCUUAGAAAGUUGUUACCGGAUCUGCUGUUGAACUGUCCGUCUGAGCUUCAAAAGAACAUCAUCCUGCGUAGUAAUACACCAUCGUAUUUGUCAAGCUUGAAAUCCUGA